AUGAUUCCGGAGCAAAAAUCCAAGCUGUUUGAUGCCAUCGAUUCUCAGGAGGAUAUCCCGCCGACAAACUAUCCGAAGGAAUAUGUGGAAAACAAAAUGACAUUCCGCCUUGGAGAAGUUGCGAUUGCAAUUGAUGGAGCGAUCAUGAUGAAGUUGCUUGAGUUGAACCCACUCAUCCAACAGAGCCCAAGUGCUGGAGCGAUAAACAUCAAGUCGGGCAUUAAAGAAUUGCGUAUGGAUGGAGGAGAUGCUGAAAUGUUACGAGUUCGCGUCCCAUCAAAGCCAUGGCUGGAUCUUGAAAUUGACACGAAUCCGCUGCACGAAAAAUAUGAUCAGAAAAUUCGUCUAAACAUUGCGCCGGUUUCUUUGAUGUAUCACGCGCCUACCGUGAAAAUACCGCGAUUGAGGAAGAAACUUGUGUUGGAUAUUUUGAUAAACCCAGCGACAUUGAUGAUUUCAGAAGGCGGAAUCUACGCCCCAGAGAAGCCUACAAUUGUGGACGAUUUGGGAGUGCUUUCAAUUACAACCGUCGAAUCAAAAGCUGUUGAUCCUGCUGGUCAGGAUCGAAUGAAGCAACUACGAGAG